GAACCUUCUUCGAUUAAUUUGCACACAUACGAACCAGUUUCUUCUUCAUAUGAGAGCCAAGACAAGGAAUGCCUGGUGCCAUUCUCGGCGGAGACAAUAACAUGGUGUUGGGUUUUGUCGGUGAUUGCCAAAGAAAGGGUUGGGGUGUUGCUGUGCUAGUUGGUGUCCCGAGCAAAGAUGAUGCAUUCAAAACAAGCCCAGUGAAUUUCCUAAAUGAGAGGACUCUCAAGGGUACCUUCUUUGGCAACUACAAACCCCGCACCGACAUUCCCAAAGUUAUCGACCAAUACAUGAACAAGGAGCUAGAUCUGGAGAGACUGGAGAAGUUUGUAACUCACUCUGUGCCUUUCUCGGAGAUCAACAAAGCAUUUGAGUACGUGUUAUCCGACCAAGGUCUCAGGUGCAUGGAACAUUAGACAAUGGAUCCACUGGCGUGGCUCCGGCGCUUCUCAAAGCCAAAAUCCCUUUUUUCCAAUUUAUAAAUAUAUAUAUAUAUAUAUAUAUAUAUUGUUCUCCUAUGUCUUCUCCUUUUCCAGCAUGCAUUUUUUGAUGGAUUUUUUUGUCUCUGAAACGGAAACGUGAUCCAACAUUUCUUUUUGUCCAUAAACAGAAUCCUAAUUG